AUGAGUUUACCGGAUCACGCUGAUUCCGAUGUGAAGCCUUUCGACAUCGACAGUGUACCGCCUGAUCUAGAGCUGGCUUCAAGCAAUCCUGAGCCAGCAGCACAAUCUGAGAAGGUUGUAUGCACUCACCCACCGUCUUUAUCUCCAUGUGGAUUGGCCGUGAUGGAAAGUUCACCUUCCAUGCCAACGAAAAAAAUGUAUUUUCUAUGGGAUGAAGCAAUAAUUACGGAUAGUGCUCAGACCACUUUCCACACGUCGACAGUGGAUUUGAUGUCAUUCUCUACGAAGAUACCGAAGAAAGUCUCUGAAUACAUUGUCGACUUCUACUUGGAGAACUCUCUUGUGUUGCUACGAAACGCUUCGUCUAGAAACAUCACUGUGAACAACGAAAGAGAUCAACUCUAUGAACAGCUUGCACGAAAUAUCGAGACCGAUUUUGGCUUAGUAUUCGACAGGAAGAAGAUCAAAACUCAUUUUGAGCAUUUCAAACACAAGACAUUGGCCAAAGGAGCGAAAAUGUUAGCGGGAAUUAAUCGACAGACGAAAUCAGGUCGAGACGGCAUUCCUGAAGAAUUACGUGCCGUUAACCCCCGAGCAUGCGCCUUUGAUAUGUCAGAAUUCAAAUUGUGGUCGUACUUAAACGAUUCCCCAGUGACAAUAGGAGAGCAUCUGGCUGGAUGUUCUGUGAUGUUGCAACCGUGCACCUCAAUUUCUAUGCAACGAGUUGAGCAAAAUGAACCAGCGAAUGUCGAUACCCGUGUUGACUACCAGGAAUCAGGAAAUCUCGAGGAAAAAGCGGGUAGCCCAACUUCAAGUGGUUCGACGGAUUCAGAUUCUGUUCCUGAUACUUCUCGUCCAACCACGAGCGGAUUCGAUAAUGUUGACAAAAGCAUGUGCUCUCCACGAAUGCGAAGAAAAAGAAAAUAUGAUGAUCUCUUAGAUGAACAAAUACUCAUGUACAGAGAACAACGAAGAUUUUUCUCCGAGAUGGCUAACGCUCAAGUGCAAAUGUCUGCUAUGGUUGGUACGUUACACGAUGUUGUGAAAACGGUGAUGCAGAAGCUAGUGGGAAGCGAUGUGGUACGGAUCCCUCAACGAUGUGAAGAUGUACCUCUACCUCCGUCACUCCCUUCCCUUUGUCACGAAAAGACUGAAAAACCCUCUGAAGUUCCGAAGAUUACACGAAUGACUGAGGUCAAACGUGAAGAUUCUGGGUGUUCAAACGAUGCGAGGGGUACUACCGCUAAGGUUUAUCGUGCUAAAGGAGUAGAACAUAAGGGUUACCGAAUCGCCAGUAGAAAAUAG